UGCUCGGAGAGGUUGCUGUGGGUAACCGCCGAAAUCUGAUGAGAAAUCGUCUCCAGAUUUGUGCGCAUGCACGAGGAACAUCACAGAUGUGUUGAAACUUGCGCCUAUCAUGAUCCCUCUUCUUGUUAUCUUGAUCUGGGAGGCUGCUAGAGUAAUCAGGGAGCACAGGCAGCUGCAGAAGGAGCGACAAGAAGUUCUUGCUGCUGAAGCUCUGGCAGCAGUGAACAGAAGGCCUUACUUUCAGGUCGAGCAGCCUGACGGACAGCAAUCUUUGUGUAGACCAGUAGAAGAGGACUACUUCGUGCAGCACGUCAAGAGCAGGAAGCCGCGCAUCAAGAGAAGGAUCAAGAGCUGUUUCUGCAUGGGACCAGGACACAGUCAGUCGUACUCAGCAGAUCGAGAGGAGUGGCGAGUAGCCGAGCCCCGAUUGGUGCAGUAGUCGCACCUCAUAGACAAUUAGAGUCUUUGUUCCGCGCUGUAGAGCUUUUACACGAUAUUUAGCCACUCAGCAGGCAGACAGAGUGAAGGGACCUUUCCUCAAAAUAGAAAGGCAUGGCCAAGACAGCAUGCGAAUUGUGACGUGGAACAUCAAUGGCUUGAGGGCUUGCUUGAAGCGCCGCUUCGAUGGCAAGCUCAUCAACUUGCUGCAGUUCUUGGAAGCAGACAUCAUAUGCUUCCAGGAGACAAAACUAGCACGCCAGGAAGCUACAGAGGACCUGGCCUUGGCUGAUGGCUGGGAUUCGUUCUUUGCCUUCUCACAGGAGGAGCUUGAGAGGCUGGAUUCUGAGGGGCGUGUGGUGAUGACUGAUCAUGGAGCCUUUGUGCUUGUCAAUGUGUACGGCCCGGCCAUCUCAACCGAGGAAAGCGCUGAGGAGCGCUAUGCAUUCAAGCUGCGCUUCUACGAGGGCCUGCUCCACCGGAUCCAGACGCUGCGCGCGUCUGGGCGUUGUGUAAUCUUACUCGGAGACCUGAACAUCAGCCUGGCGCCCAUCGACAGCUGCGACCCUGGUCCCAUCGAUGCCUUCACCUCGCGGACCGACCGGCGCCUGCUAACGCGCUUGCUCACAAGCAACGGGGGCCCCUUCCUUGAUGCGUACACAUGUUGGAGCACGGCAUCGGGGGCACGCAUCAACAACUACGGGACGCGCAUUGAUCUGAUCCUGGCGGCCGGCCCCGACGGCGCGGCGGCCGGCGCCGAUUUCCACGACCUGUUCACGGCCGCAGACGACCGCAUGAAGCCACCGCUGUGCAAGGGCCAUGGAGAGCCCUGUGUCAUCCGCCAGGUCAAGAAGGGCGGAGUCAACCAGGGUAAGCCCCCGCGAUUAUACCAUUCCCCCUGCUGGAAAAUAUCCCUUUCUGCUAUGCUGGCACAUUGGCAUUGCAUGCGUGUCUGUUCGGCUGUGUUUAACUGGCGAUGA